AGGAGGAACGGCUCAAAGUGUCUCUUAGCUCGUGCUCCUUAGUGCUCCUUGGUGCUUUGUGCGUUGAACGCAAUGAUUUUAUCUUCUGAUGUGGAGCCAUGGCUGCCAGGCGACUGGCCAAAGGCCCUUGCUACAUCGCCGUACAUGAGCACCCAGUCUUACAUCAUUUUCAGGGCCAUCAUCAUGCUUCUCUUUAUUGGACACUUCAUUGCACACCUGCUCGAGUAUUUUGAAGAAGAGGGCCUCAUGUACUGGAUCUACUUCUCGCGUUGGGUCACCACCCUGGAAGUCAUCGAACAGGUGCUUUCCUUCAGCGUCGUCCUUUGGGCUUCGCAGCGGCUUUCGUCCAAUGCCCCGAACCCGCCGGAAGUGCCGGUCCUCGUGAAGGUUUACAUUGCUCUACUUUCAAUGGUGCUGCCCUCGGUGCUUUUGUCAGCAGGUUUGUACUACGCUUUGACACCCUACUGGCCACCGCCUUAUGUGAGCCUUUUCAUUCAUGGGGGAGACGUGAUUCUGCUGAACCUGAGCUUCUUCAUGGGUCGCUUCCCAUAUGGCUGGAACAAGAUGGGUUGGAUCGGGGUCUUGGGGGUCAGCUACACGGUGUGGACGUUGAUCCACUUCUGGCUUCAGAUUGGCACGGACGAUUCGGCGCCCUGUGGCCGGCCAUUGAAGCCUGGAAUGCUUGGAGGAAAGAGGGACAGUCACUACUUGACAGGCAAUACUUGAGUCGUUAGUCCCUUGUUUUUGUUCACCGUAAAGGACAAGCGGGGUCAAACAUAUAGCCAUCCUUGAAAGGUGUCUCGCACAACAAGUAUUUGGUG